GGGGUUAGGAUUCUUGCGUAUCGUUGUUUCCUCCCGGUUAGAUCUGAAGUCCGCUCGUUACUGUCGUGGGAAUGAGCAGCUUGAGGUUGGAGGAUUUUGAAUUCUAUCGGAGUUUGGUAACAUGAUUUGUUGUUGAAUAGGGAAAGAGGGAGAGGGUGGUAGAGAGUGUUGUUUCUAUCUUUUUGUGUUUUUUUAUGGUUUGUUGUUAGCGAUGAAGAGGUCCAGAGAUGAUGUUUUCAUGAGUUCUUCUCAACUCAAACGGCCGCCCAUCGCGUCUUCCCGAGGAGAAGCAUCGGGGCAACCCCAGAUGAUGAAUGGAGGUGCUCAGAAACUGACUACUAAUGAUGCCUUAUCAUAUCUUAAGGCAGUGAAGGAUAUAUUUCAAGACAAGAGGGAUAAGUAUGAUGACUUUUUGGAGGUCAUGAAAGAUUUCAAGGCCCAAAGAAUUGAUACUGCAGGUGUCAUAGCAAGAGUGAAGGACCUUUUUAAGGGGCAUAGAGAUCUAAUAUUGGGAUUUAACACCUUCUUGCCAAAGGGAUAUGAAAUCACACUUCCACUGGAGGAUGAACAACCUCCCCAAAAGAAACCUGUUGAAUUUGAAGAAGCUAUAAAUUUUGUGAACAAGAUAAAGACUCGGUUUCAAGGUGAUGAUCAUGUUUAUAAGUCGUUUCUAGACAUAUUGAAUAUGUACAGGAAGGAAAACAAGUCUAUCACUGAGGUUUACCAGGAGGUCGCUGCACUUUUCCAAGACAACCCUGAUCUUCUGGAUGAGUUCACUCAUUUUCUUCCAGACACUUCCGCAGCACCCUCUACUUAUUAUGCUUCUGCUCGGAAUUCUAUGCUUCGUGAUAGGAGCUCUGUAAUGCCAACAAUGAGGCAAAUGCAUGUUGAGAAGAGAGAAAGGACCAUGGCUUCACAUGGUGAACGUGAUCUCAGUGUUGACCGCCCUGACCCAGAUCAUGACAGAGGUUUGUUGAGGACGGAAAAGGAGAAGAGGAGACGUGUGGAGAAGGAAAAGGACCGUCGAGAAGAUAGAGACAGGAGAGAAAGGGAGGAUAGAGAUUAUGAGCAUGACGUGGGUCGAGAAAGGGAGCGGUUCUCCCACAAACGGAAAUCUGAUCGUAAGGCUGAAGACUCUGGAGCUGAACCAUUGCUUGAUGCAGAUGAAAAUUUUGGUAUACGCCCUAUGUCAUCCACUUGUGAUGAUAAAAUUUCUCUGAAAAGUAUGUAUAGCCAAGAGCUUGCUUUCUGUGAAAAAGUCAAAGAGAAAUUACGAAAUCCUGAUGACUAUCAGGAAUUUUUGAAGUGUAUACAUAUUUACAGCAAUGAAAUAAUUACCCGACAAGAAUUGCAGUCAUUGGUUGGAGAUUUACUGGGAAAAUAUCCAGAUCUUAUGGAGGGGUUUAAUGAAUUUUUGGUACAAUCUGAAAAGAAGGAUGGUGGAUUCCUUGCUGGUGUCAUGAAUAAAAAGUCUUUAUGGAGUGAAGGACAUGGACUGAAAGCAAUGAAGGUUGAAGACCGAGAUAGAGACCGUUAUAGGGAUGAUGGGAUGAAAGAGAGGGAUCGGGAAUGCCGAGAAAGGGAUAAAUCUACUGUGAUUGCCAACAAGGAUGUUUCGGGUCCUAAGAUGUCUCUAUAUCUUAGCAAGGAUAAGUAUUGCUCAAAACCUAUAAAUGAGCUGGACCUUUCUAACUGUGACCAAUGCACUCCCAGUUACCGUCUCCUACCAAAAAAUUACCUAAUACCUUUGGCUAGCCAGAAAACAGAACUUGGUGCAGAAGUGUUGAAUGAUCACUGGGUGUCUGUCACUUCAGGAAGUGAGGAUUAUUCCUUUAAACAUAUGCGUAAAAAUCAAUAUGAAGAGAGCUUGUUUAGAUGUGAAGAUGACAGGUUUGAACUUGACAUGUUGUUAGAGUCUGUAAAUGUAACAACCAAACGAGUGGAAGAGCUGUUAGAAAAGAUCAAUAAUAAUACAAUUAAAGGAGACAGCCCAAUUCGUAUUGAGGAGCACUUAACAGCUCUAAAUCUUAGGUGUAUUGAACGAUUAUAUGGUGACCAUGGGCUUGAUGUGAUGGAGGUGUUAAGGAAGAAUGCACCUCUAGCUUUGCCAGUGAUAUUAACACGCUUGAAGCAGAAACAGGAUGAGUGGGCGAGGUGUCGUGCUGAUUUUAGUAAAGUUUGGGCUGAAAUAUAUGCUAAGAACUAUCACAAAUCUCUUGAUCAUCGUAGUUUCUACUUUAAGCAACAGGAUUCAAAAACCUUGAGCGCCAAAGCCUUACUGGCAGAAAUCAAAGAAAUUAGUGAGAAGAAACGCAAAGAAGAUGACGUCCAACUUGUGAUUGCUGCUGGAAAUAGACGGUCUAUUCUUCCAAACUUGGAGUUUAAGUAUCCUGAUCCAGAUAUUCAUGAAGACUUGUAUCAUCUCAUAAAAUAUUCCUGUGGAGAAGUUUGCACAACUGAACAGUUGGAUAAAGUUAUGAAGAUUUGGACAACAUUUUUAGAACCCAUGCUUUGUGUUCCUUCUCGGCCCCAGGCUACCGAGGAUACUGAAGAUGUUGUCAAGGCUAAAAAUAAUUAUGUCAAAAGUUGCACUGCAAGUGUUGUGGAAAGUGAUGGUAGUCCUGGUGUUGGUGCUACCAUAAUGAAUCCGAAGCAUAUAAAUACUUCUAGAAAUGGGGAUGAGCGUAUGCCAGUAGAUCAAUCAACUUCUAGCAAAGCAUGGCAAUCAAAUGGUGAUAGUGGGGUUAGAGAAGACAAGUGUCUUGAUUCAGACCGUACUGUGUGUAAAACUGAAACAUCAGGCUGUAAUACAUUACACGGUAAUAUGAAUAUUAUUGCAUUCACACCUGAUGAACUAUCACGAGUCAAUAAGCAAGAUCACUCCAGUAAACGGUUAGUGAAUGCUAAUGUCUCACCAGCAUCUCAAACGGAGCAAAGUAAUGGAAGAACAAACACAGAUAAUGCAUCAGGACUUACUGCUGCUCCAUCCAGACCUGAUAUGGUUUCUGUCGAGGGAGGACUUGAUUUACCUUCAUCUGAGGUAGGUGGGCCUGGUGGCAAUUGUGUUAUACCUGGUACAUCCACAAUUGGGGCUAUCACUGGUGGCAUCGAAGUUCACAAAUACCAAGAGGAAUCGGUUCGGCACUUCAAAAGUGAAAGAGAAGAGGGUGAGUUAUCUCCAACUGGAGACUUUGAAGAGGAUAACUUUGCAGUUUAUGGAGAUACUGGUUUGGGCGCAGUUCAUGAAGGAAAGGAUGGUGGUGUGAAUCGGCAAUACCAAAAUAGACAUGGAGAAGAAGUUUGUGGUGAAGCCAGAGGAGAAAAUGACGUUGAUGCUGAUGAUGAAGGUGAAGAAAGUCCUCACAGGUCAUCAGAGGACAGUGAAAAUGCUUCUGAGAAUGUUGAUGUUUCUGGAAGUGAGUCUGCUGAUGGUGAUGAGUGUUCUCGAGAAGAGCAUGAGGAUGGGGAACAUGAUAACAAGGCUGAGAGUGAAGGUGAAGCUGAAGGAAUGGUUGAUGCCCUUGAUGUUGAAGGAGAUGGAACAUCAUUGCCAUUUUCUGAACGCUUUCUACUAACUGUAAAGCCUUUGGCAAAGCAUGUUCCCCCGCUGUUACAUGAGAAAGAAAGGAAUUCUCGAGUUUUUUAUGGAAAUGACUCCUUUUACGUGCUGCUUAGACUUCAUCAGACAUUGUAUGAGAGGAUACAAUCAGCAAAGUUUAACUCAUCAUCUGCUGAAAGGAAAUGGAGGGCUUCAAGUGAUACAAGUUCUACUGAUCAAUACGACAGGUUCAUGAAUGCCCUUUACAAUUUACUGGACGGUUCUUCUGAUAAUACAAAAUUUGAGGAUGAUUGUCGAGCUAUUAUUGGAACUCAAUCAUAUGUCUUAUUCACGUUGGACAAGUUGAUAUAUAAACUUGUUAAACAGCUUCAAGCUGUUGCCUCUGAUGAGAUGGAUAACAAGCUUCUCCAACUAUAUGCAUAUGAGAAAUCAAGAAAACCUGGAAGAUUUAUGGAUAUAGUUUAUCAUGAAAAUGCCCGUGUUCUUCUUCAUGAUGAGAACAUAUAUCGUAUUGAAUAUUCACCUGGACAAAUGAAUCUGACUAUUCAACUGAUGGACUGUGGACAUGAUAAGCCUGAAGUGACUGCUGUGUCGGUGGACCCUAAUUUCUCAGCCUAUUUGCACAAUGACUUCCUCUCUAUUGUGCCUGACAAUAAGGAGAAGUCUGGAAUUUUCUUGAAGAGGAAUAAACGUAGAUAUGUCUGUGGAGAUGAAUUUUCUAGCAAGACUAUUGAAGGACUACAAGUUAUUAAUGGCCUGGAGUGUAAGAUAGCUUGCUGUUCAUCUAAGGUAUCAUAUGUUUUAGAUACGGAAGACUUCUUGUUUCGGAUGAGAAGGAAAAGAAGAGCCUUGUAUCCACAGAAUUCAUGCCAUGAACAGGCAAAGUCUUCAGACAUUUUUUCUGGCAGAGUAAAUCGGUUCCGCAAAUUGUUUUCCAUUACAUGAUGGUGUCCAUUUUGAGCUGGUAGUUUUUUUUCAAGCUCCUUCAUUGGCGGAGGCGCAGGAUAAAAACGACAUCCUAUCAAGAAGUUGAUUAAAUUAAAGGACGUUUUUCCGAAAUUAUUUUUCCGCACUUUCUAUGAGCAACCUAAUAAAGCGUACAGAGGUUGAGGCGCGGCGUGGAAGGGAGAUUGUUGUAUAUUGUAAUUUUAUGGCUGAUGAUGUAACAAAAUAAUGUAAAUAGAGGUAAUUUGCGAUGUAACUAGGGACUUUUCUCAUUCCAUUCAUCCAUAUUUUUGUUAUUUAGCCCCCCCCCCCCCCCCCCCCCCAAUUGAUUAUGGAACAUUCCGUGGCUGCAAUUGGCCUUCAGUUUCAAAUACGAAGCGCAUAUUGAGAAUCUCCCGUUCCCCUUUGGUUGUUUUUUUUUCUUUAUGGGUUGAAUUUAACAUGGAAUGCUGUGCGCUAUGAUGCACAUUGGACUCACAAUCUAAAACGAGAAGAUUAAAAAGGUUGAGAAGCCAACAACCACUAAUCAGA